AACUAUUCUCAGUCUAUGCGAUUAGUACAGACCCUUUAUUUACACACUAAAAUUUCUAAACGAAAUUACUGUUUUGUACACCAUUCUUUUUAUCUUGAUGUUUUAAAUUUCAUCAAAUAUAAUUAAUAUUGACUCUAUUACGAGAUCUAUUCUAGAAAUUGACAGAUAUUACGGGAAGUAGUAAAAACUUGUCUUUACUAUCAAUAAUAUUAAGAAAUUGAUAUCUUAAGAAAUAACUAAAAAGAAAAAUGUCGCCGUCUACCCAGUUUUGUAUAAGUUGGGAUUCCUAUAAAAAUAACAUGAUUUUAGGCUUUUCUAGGUUACAGCAGAAAGAAGAAUUUGUGGAUAUGACUUUAGCUGCAGAAGGUCAUUUUGUGAAAGUACAUAAGAAUGUGGUUGCUCUUGCUAGUCCUUACUUGAAAGAAAUUUUGCAGUCUACUGUAUGCCAGCAUCCAGUUAUAUUUUUAAGUCACAUCAGCCAAAAAGUAUUAAGUUAUAUUUUAGAAUAUAUCUAUACUGGAGAAGUGCAAGUGCCAACUGAUGAUAUGAAUGCAUUUAUAGAAGCAUGUAAAUGCUUACAUCUAGCCGGGGUGGAAAAUAUAGGUCCAAAGAAUGUAAUCACAUCAUCAAAUAAUAAUCAAUUACAUCUUACAAAAUCAGAAGAACCCAUAAAUGAACAUAAUAAUUAUGUAGCUCACAUCACAAUCAAUGAUGUAAAUGAUUUAGAUGUACAACAUUUUGGAAACGACCAGUUACUGGAUAACAUUGAUGAAAGCAUGAAAGAAGUAACUUCUGACAAAUGUGAUAAUUAUUCUAACACUGUAAAUCAUGCUGAAAAAUCUAUAAUCAAUGCUAGUGUUUUGCAUAAUAUUAUUCAAAAUAAUAAUCAAAUCAAUAAUGAUUUGGAUUUACCUGAAAGUUUUAAUGUAUUGGAUGAGCUACAAAGUGAUAUUAAAUCAAAUAACAGUAUUGAUAUAAGAGAAUCAGAACAAAAGAUGAGCAUUGAUGACACCCAAUUGCCGCGUUACUCCACUUCGAAUAGAGGUUCAUUACAAUUAAUAUUGAAUGGCUACAUUUAUUAUAAUCAUCACAUCGCUAAUAAAGGACGAAAACGUCGCUGGAGAUGUAUAGACUAUCGUACUAUACAAUGUCCCGCGUUUAUAGAUACUGAUGACGAAGUCAUAGUGAACAGGGAAUGCUUACAUCGUCAUCCGUCCCAUAGAAAUAAAAUACUGAAGAAAGCAAACCAAAACUUAAUAUUUACAUCAAUAACUAAAGCUACAGAACAAGACUCUGUUUGAACUAAAAUACAGUGACUACAACUAAUUUGUAUAUUUACUGUAUUUAACAAUUAAAACAUCGUAAUAAUAGUCA